AUGGCCUCAGGGAAUAACCUGAUGGAGAAGCUCCAAGAUGAAGUAUCCUGCUCCAUCUGCCUGGAGUAUCUGAGGGACCCUGUGACCAUCGACUGCGGGCACAACUUCUGCUGCGUGUGCAUCACCGACUAUUGCGAGAGGUGGGAGGGCUCCACAACUGGGGUGUUCUUCUGCCCUCAGUGCAGAGUGGGGUUCCUGCAGACCACGUUCAGGCCCAACAAGCAGCUGGCGAACAUUGUGGAGGGCGUCGAGCAGCUGGCACUGCACCCAGACAAGGAGCCCAAGGAGAAGCUGUGCGAGAAGCAUGGCGAGAAGCUGCGUCUCUUCUGCGAGGAUGAUGGGGAGGCCAUUUGCCUGGUGUGCGACAAGUCCCGGGUGCACCGCUCCCACACUGUGAUCCCCAUCGAGGAGGCUGCCCAGGACUACAAGAUGAAACUGCAGGAAGCUCUGGAUCUUUUGAGACAAGUGACGGGGGAGGUUGCAAAGCUCCAGGCACAAGAGGGGAAGAAAACCGCCCAGUGGAAGGACAAGGUGAGGGCGCAGAGAGAGGUCAUUGUAGCUGAGUUUGCCAAGCGCCGUCAGGCUCUAGCAGAGGAAGAGCAGCUCCUCGUGUGCAGGCUGGAGGAGGAGGAGGAGGAGACACUGCAGAAGCUUCAGCAGAACGCGGCGUUCCUGGUAGAGCAGAGCUCCAGCCUGGCCCAGCUGAUAACGGAGAUCGAGCAGAAGUGCCAGCAGCCAGCCGCUGACCUGCUCAAGGAUGUGAAAAGCACCUUGAUCAGGAGCCACAGUGUGAAGCUUCAGGAGCCAGGGGCCAUUCCCACGGAGCUACAGGAUUCCUAUGAGGUCCCCAGGGUGAGGGAAACACUGCAGAAAUACAGAGUGGAUGUGACUCUGGACCCCAACACAGCCAAUGCCUACCUGCUCCUGUCCCAGGAUCGGCGGAGCGUGAGGGUGGGCGACAAGAGGCAGGAUGUCCCCAGUAACCCCGAGCGGUUUGACACGUGCACCUGCAUCCUGGGCUGGGAGCGGUUCACAGCCGGGAGGCACUACUGGGAGGUGGAGGUGGGGGACAAGACGUGCUGGACACUGGGGGUCUGUGAGGAGCGUGUGAGCAGGCAGGGAAUAUUCACACCCUCACCAGCGACCGGCUUCUGGACGGUGUGGCUGCGCAAUGGGGAUGAGUAUGCAGCGCUCACCUCCCCCCUGACCGAGCUCAUGCUGAGAGUGAAGCCCCGGCAGAUUGGCAUCCUCCUGGACUAUGAGGCCGGAGAGGUGUCCUUCUACAACGUGACUGGUAGCUCUCACAUCUACACCUUCAGUGACACCUUCUCGGAGCCCCUGCGGCCAUACUUCUACCCGGGGGUGCGGGCAGGUGGCCUGAAUGAUGCACCGCUGACCCUCCAACCGGGCACACAGCAGCCAUGA